GAUGGAGAUAAAUAACAACCUUUAGUCCCCCCUCCCCCUCCCUUUGACAUAGCCUUUGCCUCUACUCUCUUCGUACGUAGCUUCAUUCCACUACAUCUGCCACUCAUCGCACAAAACCGUCGUCUAAACCCCAACAUGGCAUCCGAGCGCACCAACAAAACUGAAGAGGAGCAGCAGGCGUCCUUCAAGGAGCAGCUCGACCGCAUUGCCAUCGCAAGCCGAGAGGCCGACCACGAGUCCAAGCCCAACCCAAUCAUAGAGAAGAUCACCGAGUAUAUCCCCGCCGCGUCCGCCAUUCUCGGCGGCGGGUCGCACCAGCAGCCCCAAGAAGAGAAAAAGAGUACCGAGAUUCCUGGCCCGCCCGACAGGCCCGACCACGACCACAAGAUUGAGGAGUUUGUGCGGGACCAGCAUCGCAGCAACAAGGGUGAUGGAGACCUCAGCCUGGCCAAGGGAUCCUCCUAGGACUUCGCGACGUAUCAACGCGACAAGCACUCUUACACAUGCAACAGAGACCUGCGGUCGGAUACAUAUCGAUACUGUAAUUGAAGCCGGCGUUUUUGCUCUCUAGUCUUAGCUUUUGUAUAGAUUCUUGAAAUGCUUUCCG